AAUAUUAGUGCUGAACACUGUACCUUUAAUUUAAAUGCCCUUGGAGUCUGCUGGGGAAGAGAAAUAAUACUAGUGUGGAGCCACAGUGUGUGGCGGUGGAGGCAGCAGCAAUGGGAGGCCAUACAGCACCCUAUGACAAAAAUGGAAACCACCAGCAGUGUGAGGAGACCUGAAAGUGGCACAUGGCAGAGUGUGGCGAUAGAGACAGCAGCAAUGGGAGGCCGUUACAGGGACCCAUGACACACUCUGGACCUGGCAGCAGCAUGAGGAGGCGGUACAGGGGCCCAUGGCAGAUUACGGGCCUGGCAGCAGCAUGAGGAGUCGUAGGGGGCCCA